CUGAGGGAGUCAGAUCCCUCUCACUUCCAGUGGUCAAUAUUCCGGCGUGCAGUGAGAGCUCCGCGCUGGCGGCUCAGCCCCUUUCGCGCUUCAGCCUGGGACGGAAGACCCUGCUGGGGGCUGGCGUGGCCGUCAUGCUCCUCUUGGUACUGGUGGUCCUCAUCCCCGUUCUGGUCCAUUUGGUGGGAAGCAGUGAAAACGGCAGUGAAUAUGAGAUGCUGGGCACUUGUCGUAUGGUCUGCGAUCCAUUCUUGGAAAAGACCGGCACUACUGCAGGUAUUGGUACAGGUACAGCUAUCACGAAUACACAGCUGGAGGCAGAGGCACUGACUGAUCACAGCAUGGGACCUCCAUUGCCAACCUAUGCCCACGGACCGCAGGGCAAACCUGGCCGCCAAGGGAAGCCAGGGCUACCAGGACCACCUGGACCCCCGGGACCACCCGGAGAGCCAGGUCCCCCAGGACCUAUGGGGCCACCGGGAAAUAAAAACCACACAGAAAGACCAGAGCUCUUUGCUUUGGGCGGAAGAACCGCUACCGGAAUUGGCACUGCUGUUUUUACAAUGGGUCCUCGUGUAGCAUUUUAUGCAGGUCUGCGAAACCCGCAGGAGGGAUAUGAGGUACUGAGGUUUGACGAUGUAGUUACGAACAUUGGGAAUUACUAUGAUGGAUCAACUGGGAAGUUUGUGUGCAAAGUUCCCGGGACUUACUUUUUCACAUACAACGUUCUCAUGAGGGGAGGGGAUGGAACCAGCAUGUGGGCGGACCUACUGAAAAAUGGACAGGUGAGAGCCAGUGCUAUCGCACAGGAUCAAGACCAGAGUUAUGACUACGCCUCAAACACAGUCGUCCUACACCUGGACCCUGGAGACGAGAUAUUCAUCAAGCUAGACGGUGGAAAAGCACAUGGUGGAAACAGCAACAAGUACAGCACUUUCGCUGGCUUCAUUCUGUACAGUGACUAGAGUCAAGAGGACAUUUUUUCCUUGGUUGACCAUAGGGUGCUUUCACAUAUGAAAUUCAACAGCUGGACGAAGUUCUACUUAUGUAAACGCACAUGAGUCAUAAACUGUUUCAGGGGUACAAUGAUUCAUUUUGCACCGUAAAGAUCAUGAGCCAAGUUUGUUUUUAGUAGGCAUUACCUUUUUGCCUCUAGCACAUCACAGUUUUGUGGUUUUAUAGCCUGUUAUACACAGCUCCAGGAACCAGGAUUUAGAUUUAGCCUAGAAUUAACUUUUCUACAAUCAAGGAACCUCCUACAUAUGGAAGCACUCAAAAUCAGAGAGCAGGGCCACAGGAAUCAGAAUCACAUCAGUCAUCAUUGAAUGAAAGCCCAAUUGUGUAUGUGUUGAUAUUUCAUUGUAAUGUUGUCGUUGUACCUGAUGGUCAAUCUGUGAAUCUACAUUGAUGUUUAUCAAUGUCUCUUUAAUGCAAUGUGAAGUAAAAUACCUUAAAUUAAACACUAAAGAUUUUAUAAGAUGAGUGUAUGAAUGGUUUUGACUGCUGUAAUCUAUACCCUGUAUCUGUGUCCAUUGUAAAUCAUAGUUAUCAUAUGUGACUGAUGAAUGGAUGUGGAAAUAAUAGCACAACUAAAGCUUAACAUACAUUUAAGUUUUGGUGAUGCUAACAUCCUUAUAGACAAAAAUCUUCAUGAUAACUGUAAAAGUUUUAAAAAGUAGUCAUCUUUAUUUUUAUUAACAAGAUUACACUAUGUAUU